UUUCAUUCAUUGAUUGGCCUUGGAAAUCAUCUCUAUAUAUGUAGAUACGGGUGUGGUGUUGAGGUGUUAUGUAAGGACGAUGAAAGGCAUUUAAGGGCAUUUAAGGUGGAGCUGUAGUAGUAGAUGCAACAUCACAGGGGUAGUGGUAACCGUGGAAGUAGGGCCAUAAGUAGAUGCUAAAGAUAAUUCAUUCAAUCUCGAUUGUCAUUUCGACUCAAGAUUUAUAGUGCGGAGGAACACGGGAGGAUCGGAGCUCAAUUUCGUCACCCUUUUUCAGUUAGCCAUUGUUUUAAGUAAGCAUAUAUCGGAACUUAAGUUAGAAUAAGUGAGCAGGUCGAAAGGAAUGGAUGGAUAUGAGAAUGACUGGUUUAGCAGAAGAAUAGAUGAUCACCACCCUUCUGAAUAUUUGGAGAAGUAUAAAGACGUAUGUGAGACCAGUGGGCCCCUAGGAGCUUUUGAGGGUAUGAUUUUUAUGUCCAACAGAAGAACUAAGAAAGAAUGUUUUGAUCUCAAGCUUUUUGGGCUCCCUAGUUCAUAUGCUAGGGUUGUCAAGCGUGUGAGACCAGGUAUGAAAUUGUUUUUGUUUGAAUAUGAACGGAGACAAAUGUAUGGGGUUUUUGAGGCGACAAGCUAUGGAGCAAUGAACAUUGACUGCAAUGCAUUCAAGCAAACUGGAAGAACAUAUCCAGCACAGGUUCGCUUUAGGAGUUUUUGGGAAUGUUAUCCUCUUUCAGAAGAAGAUUUCAAGGAUGCAAUUAUUGAAAACUAUCGCUCCACAAAAGAGUUUGAGUUUGAUUUGUCACAGGACCAGGUAUUUAAUCUCCUCCAGUUAUUUGCAUCACAGAAAAUUGAGCCACAAGUUCAGGAAGUUCGUGACCAUCUUGAAAAUGGACAGGAUCUUCCUAGGUUAGAUCUUCAAUCUGAAACUGCCAGCCUACUUCAAGAAGUUGGUAGGAGCCUUUUCACUAAAGAACUACUAUAUAAAAUUCCUCCAUUAAGAGAAGAUUGUCAUGUUGGAAAGACCAUAUAUGGAGCUUCAGAUGCAGAACAUCUGUUGAAUUUCAGGAGGGAAUGUGUUCACAAGGAUUUACAACCCAGGGGAGAUUAUCUUGCCGGACAGAAUAUAUGUGAGGGAGAUUUUCAGGCUUCGCAGAAUGUGUAUGAUACCGCAAAUGGAGAGCAAAGAUCUGUGUUGCAUCCCUUGCGAGGGUUUACUUAUACUUGUAAGCAUGACCAACUAAAUUCUGACUUCCAGCCAUUUUAUGUAAGGCAUCCAAAUAUUACAGAAAAUGUAAAGAAUGCAUUUAUUCCAAGAGAAAUUCUCAUUAAUGAAACAAAUCAAAAUGCUAGUGGUGAAAUUUAUGACAAUAAUACCAGGGAAGUUAUCAUCGCUUCAAAUCCCCAAAACCAUGAUGCGCUCUAUUACGGUGAAACUGAAAUGCCCUGUAGUACAUUAUCUUUAGAUUUCUUGCCUCUGACCCUAACAAACAAUGUAAUUGAUGAUCGUCAAAAAUCGAGGCAUGUUUCUCCAAGUAUUUCACAUGCAAAUAAUAUCAGUGACAGCUUGUCACCAAGUGUGGAUGAAUUUCAAGAUGGUUCGGCAUCAGAUUUUAUAGGACUGCAUAAGUAUCCUUUUCCGCAGCCUAGGUUUUUUUCUAGUGGCAUGCACUCUCUAAGGUCUAAUAAUAUUUCUAUGAAACCAAGUGUUUUUUCUCGUUUAAAGAGAGUCCAAGAAAUUGAUGUUGGACAUAAGGCAAAGCAUGAAGAUAUUGUAAGAGAAACUAGUCCUGUGAAACUGCCUUUCCACGAUAACCAGAGGAACUUUUUAUCAAUUGCAAGAAAUGAACUUGAAGUAUCAGCUAAUCUAGAUGAUAAUAUGCAAGAUGCAGAGGCUAGUGAUGAACCAAUCCUUGAGGAUAGACCUGUAAUAAAUUUCAAGCGGAGGAGUCAAGUUUGCAAGGAUGGAAAACAGGUUGAGGGUCAACCAAAACAAAGUUGUGGAGAACCUUAUUCUUGUAAGCCGAAAAGAAGAAAGUUGAUACGCCCAGAAUUUGACUCUCCCAAAACCUCCGAAGCAAGUGCUCUUCCACUUUCAAUUGCCGAAAAGGUUCAGAAGUGUAGUAUUGAAAGCAAAGUCUCACCUCAGCCAGAGAACAGUGCACGUCCAAUGAACAAAAAUAAUGAAAAUUCAGUGACUGUUAAUUCACCUGCUUUAAAUUUUCAGCAUAUUUCUCAUAGCAAUACCGUGGAUGCAAUAGAAAAUGAAAGUUUGCCUACCUUAGGCUGCACGACAGAUUACGAAAAUUCAAAAUGUCCAGAGUGUGUUCCUGUUUUAAAUAGAAAUGUGUCUGAAAAUCCAGAAUCUGGAUUUGUUCAAUUAACAAAUGAGACUGAAAAUAAAGAUUUGACUGACUUGAGUGCCAAUAGAGCUUUGAGUGAUUGCUUUGAAAAGGGGUGUACUAGUCAAGUGUUGUCUCCAAGUACAAACAAGUUGGAUGUUAUAAACAUACAGUGUGAUUCGGGAAUAGAGAACAGAGCACUCUCAGCAAAUGUGACAAACAGUGCAGAAUCUCCCAACGUUCAAGUUGUGGAAGGAUUUGGAAAUGAAAAUGGUAUGAAAAUGGAUGCAGUUUGAUUCCAGGCAAGAGAGGAGAUAUGUUUGGUUGGACUUGGUUGAGAUGUUAAUCAAUGUUAAUUUGAAUUAUUUCCAAGUGAAAACUCUUAUCCUGAACUGUGUUCAUGGGAAUAAUAUCAAAUCAAGGUGUUUCCAAUAGUAUAACAAUUUGGGAUCAACCAGAUUCAUGGUGUGUCUCAAUCACUUUAAUUUUGGAUUUUUACUUCUUAGAAUGUGAUUUUCCAUCUAGAAUGAUUUUGGAUCUCGUUGGAAAUGGUAUUGUCAUGGGCAAAUGAGUAAAUCGGAGAAUUUAUAUAAAGAGCAGCUGAGAAUUUUCAUUAUUA